AUUGUGGGAAGCUUAGGUCAAGCUGUUGCAGAUCCUGGGUAAGGUUUUGACCCUAGCGCGGGGAUUAUAGCGUAAAAGCUGGAAAAGACUUUUGGCUACCUUAAAAUAAUUUUAAUUUGCAUCUACAAGGGCUGGCAUUUUUUCGUUAUUACGAAGAUUGUAUUUAACUUUACAUACCUGAGUUAUCGUAGAAAUCUGAAAAUGGCACAGAGACCUGCAUUUAAUCCAGAAGACCAUGAUUUAGAUAAGAGCUUUCGCAUGUCUAAAUCUGUGGACUUGAAAGGUUCUGCAUGCUCAUUGCGUGAAGAAUCAUCCGAUAAGCUUUUAAAGAUAUUCAAAGACGAAGAAAAUGAACUUCUUUCCCAGGAUCAAAAUGCUAUGGGCUUACUUGACCAGCCUCAAUCUAUUAUGCCACAACUUGGUGAAAGUGCUCAUAUUGGGAUAAGACCAUGCAAUGGAGGUUUCAGCAUGAUUCAAAGUACGAAUAUGAGUCCAGCAUUGGUGGAUGACCCAUAUAUGAUGGGUAAAAUAGCAUGUUCGAGUACUCUGGCUGAUCUAUAUGCCAUUGGCAUCUUGAAGUGCGACACUAUUGUCAUGCAACUUGGUCUUCCAAAUAAAUUCUCAGACAAGGAAAGAGAGGCCAUUGCUCCAUUGAUAAUCCAAGGCUUCAAAGAUACAGCAAAAGAAGCCAAAACCGAUGUCAUCGCAGGUCACACUUUCUUGAAUCCGUGGUGCGUUGUUGGGGGAACGACGACGGUUAUCAUACCACCGCAUGAUAUCAUUACGCCUGAUAGUGCAAUUGUUGGAGAUGUGUUGGUCUUGACAAAACCACUUGGAACCAGUGUUGCAGUACAAGUGCAUCAGUUUCUGGAAUUAACAGACAAGUGGAACCGCAUCAAGCCCAUUGCAGCUGCCGAGGAUAUUGAGAGGGCGUACCAGGAGGCCAUGUACAAUAUGGCCAGGUUAAAUAAAAAUGCUGCUGACACAAUGCGAAAAUUCAAUGCACAUGGUGCUACAAACGUAGACGGUUACGGGAUACUUGGUGCUGCGAAACGAUUGGUCAAGAAUCAACGCAAUGAAGUCAACUUUGUUAUACACAAUCUACCGGUCAUCGGCAAGAUGUCAUCGGUGGCAAAACCGUUUGCCAUUCAGCAGUUUUCCGCUUACGGUAACACGUUCAAGCUCACUCAUGGUAUUUCACCAGAAACAUCAGGUGGACUACUUAUUGCUUUUCCAAGAGAACAAGCAGCCGCGUACUGUAAGGAAAUAGAACGAGUUGACGGCCAUACUGCAUGGAUUAUAGGCAUCGUAGAAAAGGGAGAGCGCAAAGCGAAGGUCAUCGACAAACCAAGAGUCAUAGAGGUCACAACGAAAAUGAAAUAAAAUAUUUUUUGCUAUCCACAAAUGUUCAGUAGCAUCUUAAAAUUCUUACAAAUGUAAAAAAUAAUUUGCUAAAAUUAAUAUGCUGAAUUCAUUGAAUGGCAUAAUUUCGGAUCAACAUUGAACAAUCAUAUAAAUGGACAUCAAAGUUCACCGUCUAAUUGAGACCACCUUUGGGACCUGAAAAUUUAGGGUGCUCAGUCUGCAAUUAGAGGGUUACCUUGUGUUAAGAUAGAUUGUUGGUGCUUUAAAAAAGCGAUCUUCUCGGAGGGCAAACUGUAUUAUGAUUGAACCGUAUUUGGGUGUCAAACUGACCAAUCAGUACAAGGCCAGGGAUUCAACGUGUACUACAAGUACAUGUUGUCCCACAAGGGCACAUGUUUAUAUACGUUUACUCUAUUGUUUGCGCCAAGGGGCAAGCCUUGGCGGAAAGUUCCAUUGAAGUCAUUGAUGCUUGGUCUCAAAACAUGUCUUUUUCUAGCAUCAACUUCUAAAAGGCAUAAACAAAAAUCAGAUUUUAACUGUCUGCAUUAAUUAGUAUCAUCAUCAUCAUUUUAAUCCAUUUUAUAAAAAAAAAAAGUUGGAAAUAGAAUUGUUGGAUUAAAACAAAUUUUUCAGUAGAUAGAUGCUCUUUACAUUAUUAACUGCAUGCUGGGUAAAUAUAUAGAUACUGUAAAGUAUUACACUUUAUAUUUUUGUUCAUUAUUUUUUCAAUUGUAAAAAGCACAUCUGGGAUUUUGUAUGUGCUAAACUGGAUAAAAAAUAAUAAUUGAAACAUAAUUCUUUGUCAGAAACUAAAAAAGGUGUUUAAUGGCAAUAUUAUAUUAUCAUGUGAUUACUACUGUAUUACUGAUGCUUGAAAGCAUUUUGUCAAACAAUUUUGGGAAAAUUAUGGUUGCAUUAUUUUUAUCAGUAAAACUGUAGACCAUUGUAAUUCUUACUAUUAUACUUUUACAUGUAGAGUAACUACUUCUACCACAACAAUAUGUCAUGUAUGAACAUUUUUAAGUGUAGUCUGCUUUUUAAAGAUAUUGUGUCCAUCAUUUUCUAGUUAAUAGACUUGCAACUUUAUUUUCUAAUUAAAUAAUAACAUGCUUAGCAUUUUCAGAAAAGCAAUAUACUGUAUAUCCUUUGUUUAGUUUAAAAUGUAGAUACUGUACCUAAUGUUUACUUGCUUGUUUGGUUUUUUCUGUAUCUGAUCUGAAACUCUAACAGGUACUUACUGUAAGUUCUAUUUUGCAUCAAGUUAAAAUAAUUUGCCCUUUAUAUCUUUCAAAUAUUUGGGUUGUUUUUUUUGUAAAAUACUGUACUAUGAACCAAAAGUCUGUUAUGAUGUUAAAAUAUAAACAAUUUCUAAAUGGUUUGAAUUUGUGUUUUUCUAAAGAAGUAAUACUUGCAUCACCAUAAAUGCUUAAAUAAGCGUCCCACCAAACAUGAUUUUUUUGCUAUGAGCCGAGGCGCUUAAUCGAGAGUAUUAUUAUACUAGUGUGUUUAAUGAAACACUUUGAGAAACAGUGUUAAAAUGAAUAAAUAACACAAUGAAGACAAGUAUUUCUUAACGUUUAUUUACGAUGACAUUGGACCUACGAUAGGCUUACCGUACUAUGGGAAUAUGAGAGAUAGGAACGGGCAUGAAAGCGCUACGCCAAUAUUUUUUUAUUAGCGCUUCUCUCGAAUAAGCGCUGUACUGAAACCUCCAAAAAAAUUUUAUAACCGCUGCGGCACUUAUUCGAGCAUUUAUGGUACACCAUUUCAUCCAUCGCUGUACGUACAUCUUGUAGCUUUGAUCUGCAAAGGAGUGUAAAUGGGUACCUGGUGUGGUUGAUAUGGCAACAACAAUCACUGUGGAUCGGGAAAGAUGCUUUGUAAAGGAAAAGUAGAGUAUUCACUAAUAGAAUAACAAUGUAUGAAGUAUAGUAAAUAACUAUCCCUACACUUGACAGCAAAUAAUUUUUAAAUAAUCAAAGUUUAUUCAGUUUAGUUUUAUUCUUUCAUAUUAUGUAACUGUACAAUAUUUUUAUCUCAAAUGUUUCAAUAAAAAUUUGUUUAUUAUAUUCUCUUCGGCAUUUGUUAGAUAAUGAAUGUGAAAACAAGAUUUAUUAACAUACAAUACCUUUCGUACUGGAAGAUAGUGGUAUAAAUCAAAUUAUCUUUAUUAAAAUACUGUAUUUAGAAAACUGAAAACAAACACCACCAUACAAACGCUAUUGUUGUGUUCGAUAUGUAAACUGUUGUUUAAAAUUAUACUAUUUGAGUUACUGUGAGAUGAUUAUACAGUGUUUAAAUUCUAUAACAAAACACCCAAAAUAUUCACAACUUUAUAAAAAAAAAUUUAAAAAAAAUAUCAACACACUAAA